AUGACAAUCGCCUCCACUGCCACCGAAGUCAAGACCGAACCACAAUCUUCGGCCAGUGUUGUCGUGUCGGCGUCCGUCUUCGAAGCUGAGCCGACGGCGACUGCAAGUUCCUCCGCCUCCGCACAGGCGCCGUCCACUGGUGGUGCUGGAACCUCUACUGCCGGGAGCGCGCCAGCCAGUCUCGCAACGAAUCCACUCUCACCCUCAAAGAGGCGCAAGUCAAUAGAAGAAGCCGUCGGCACGGUCGCGCAUCCCUCCACAUCUGUGGUGGUCUCGAGCACGCCCAGCUCGCCCAAGCGGUCCAAACCAAAUCAAGGCCCUCCCAAAGUCCUGCCUCUGAAAUACGAGUUAUGUGAUGUGGAAGACAUGGUGAUUCUCAUUGCCAAUAUGCUCGGCGAGUUAAUAGAGACCAACGACUCGAUCGCUAUGAAAAGUGGCCAGCUCACGAGGUUUCAUUCAAGGACUGCUCCGGGCAUAUCCGUGUUGGACUAUCUACAGCGACUGGCGAAGCAUGCCACUUUGACUCCACCACUACUCUUGUCGAUGGUGUACUACAUUGACCGCCUUUGCGCUCUCUACCCCGACUUUACCAUCAAUACUCUCACAGUCCACCGAUUUUUAAUCACGGCAGCCACAGUAGCUGGCAAAGGCUUGUCGGACUCAUUCUGGAACAACUCUUUUUAUGCCAGAGUUGGAGGUGUCAAAGUUCAGGAGCUCAAGCUCCUGGAGCUUGAGUUUCUGUACAGGGUUGACUGGAAGAUUGUCCCUAAUCCAGAGGUUCUGGUGGCGUACUUCAGGGGACUCGUCGACAGAUGCGACGGUUAUACGCUAGAGGAGAGCGGAGAAGAUAUGGAUGAGGAGAGCUCUUCCGAUGAGCUUGACGAGGAAGAGGAUGAAAACGGUGAUCUCAGCGACACCUCGGCUACAGCGACCAGCAAAAGCAUCCAACAAGAGAAAGAUCAGACAUGA